GCUGCUUUGAGGGCAAGGGAGCUGCGCCGAGAGGGGACGAGGGCAGGCAAGAGGUUGGGAAAGCCGGCGGGAGAGGAGGGCGGCGCCGGAGGAGGGCGGCGCGUGGCUGACUCAUCCCUCUGGAAGACCAGACUGACAGACACCAGCCCUCGCCGAACCCGCCCGCCCGCGCCGUUCCUCCUCAGCCAGCAGGCGCCCGCCCGCACCGCCCGCCCUCUCCGGGAGCUCUCCGGGCCCGGCCGCCUCACAGAAAGUUUUCGUCGGCGGAGCGGCCGCGGGCCUUUUGGAAGGGAAGGGGACGGAAGAGGAGGCGACGGCCGCGCGGGCCCGGGGAGUGCAUGGUGCCCGGCGCCUCGGCUGCCUGUGAGGAGGACAUCGGGGCGGGGUCGGGCUGAGCCCAGCUCCUGCUGCUUCCCCCGGCCUCGCCGGCCAUCGCCUUCCCGGACGGCCGCGGGGGUCCCCGCUCCUCAGCCCGCCAUGUCCCGGCUGCUGCCGCUGCUGAGGAGCCGGACCGCGCGCAGCCUGAGGCCGGGCCCGGCAGCCGCGCCCCGCCCGCCGUCCUGGUGCCGCCGCGGGCGGGGGCUGCUGGCGCUCGCGGCGCCCGGCGGCCCCCGGGGGCUGGGCACGCACCCCAAGAAGGAGCCCAUGGAGGCGCUGAACACGGCGCAGGGCGCGCGCGACUUCAUCUACAGCCUGCACUCCACCGAGAGGAGCUGCCUGCUCAAGGAGCUGCACCGCUUCGAGUCCAUCGCCAUCGCCCAAGCAUGCAGAUAUCCCAAACCUGAGAUUGCCUUUGUGAAACGAGCAACGGAGGUGUCGUCAGCAGAGACCCCUGAUAGUUUUGGUAUUUCAAGAUGUUCCAGUCAACUGACAAGGACUUCUCCUCACAGUGUGAGAACUGUAGUGAUGAUGAGAGUAAUGCAACUAGCAAAUAGUUCUGAAAAAUUGGAAGCUCCACCACCCACCCCAGGACAGCUGAGAUAUGUAUUCAUCCACAAUGCGAUACCUUUCAUAGGGUUUGGCUUUUUGGAUAAUGCAAUUAUGAUUGUUGCAGGAACCCAUAUUGAAAUGUCUAUUGGAAUUAUUUUGGGAAUUUCAACUAUGGCAGCUGCUGCUUUGGGAAAUCUUGUGUCAGAUUUAGCUGGACUUGGACUUGCAGGCUACGUUGAAGCUUUGGCUUCCAGGUUAGGCCUGUCAAUUCCUGAUCUCACACCCAAACAAGUUGACAUGUGGCAGACACGUCUUAGUACACAUUUGGGCAAGGCUGUUGGGGUGACUAUUGGCUGCAUUCUAGGGAUGUUUCCUUUGCUUUUCAUUGGAGGAGGUGAAGAAGAUGAAAAACUGGAAACGAACAAUUCAGCCUCUUAGAAAACCUAUAAAAGAUGUAAACUAAUGUACCUCAAUUAUUAAGUAUGCUGUCACAGCAUUUAGGAAUUAAGACAGUUAACAGUGUAUAGAUAUGGGAUCAAAUAAUUCAGCAUGUAUUAUGGAAAACACUAACUUAUUGUGGCUUGGUUUUCUUAGGACAUCUUUUUAAAAACCCUGUUUAGUAUCUUUGUGUAAAUUGUUGAAAUGCUUUUUCAUCAACGGCAGUCAACAUUUUACCUUUUCUUUCCCUUUCUUUCCAUAUCAAAAUAUCAUUUAAGUAUCAGUCAUUGAUGUCCUGUACUGACUUGGGGUUUGCUUAUGUGUUACUUAACGUGUGUGCGUGCAUGAAAGCAUUUUCUGUUGUUGUUGUUAUCGUUGUUGUUCCCUGUGGUUACAGCUCAACCUUAAGAUUUUUUUCCAAAUUAAGAUGUUUAAUAUCAGUUAAAGAUUUUCUUGACUCUUUUUUUUUUUUUGGCAACAUCAAUUUUGUACUGUUUCACAGUAAACAUUUACAAUCAUAUAAUUUCAGUCAUUUUUUUGAAACUCUCACAUCUAUUCAAAAUGGAUGCAGACGUUAAGUAUUUAUUACUCAUUUUAAUUUUCUGACCUUAGUGUCUCAAGAGCCAAAGGUUAAUAAGAGUGAGCAGUUAUGGAGUCUCCCUACUACAUAAAACCAUGUAUGUUAAUAAGUGUAUUAUUUUGAGUUGAUGUUUUUACUUUUAAUUUGUCGAUUUUAAAUUACAUGAUGGUUUCUGACUGCCGAGGGGAAAAAUGAUUAUUUUAGGAUAUUUUUAAUGGGGAUUGUGGAAUUAGGGGGGAACUAAGGGAUUUGACAUGAUUCUUGGAAAGUAAGAGGCUAAAAAAUUUUUUUACAAGAAGUAGAAAAUGGGAAUUGUCAAGAAAGUUUGUGGUGUAAGUGGUGACAUUGAAAUGAUGUUUGCGAAGUUAAUGAGAUACAAAUUAUACUGUUUGGGAAAGAUUUUUUCCCCCAAAAUGUCAUCUUCUCAUCUGAAUUGAAUGACUCUGAGUACUCCAUUAUAAUCCUGACAUCAUUGUAUCUUGUUUACUGAAUUUUGUUUCUGGAUAACUAGUAAGUUUGAGGUUUAACUAAAUAUUUUAUGUUUUGCUUUUUGCUGUGUAUAGACUAGUAGUCAAAUGUUACAUGAGAAGAAAUCCUCUCUCCCUGUUUUGGUCUUUUUUCUUCUUUUGGUAUUUAAAGCAUAUUCUAGAUUGAAGUUACUUAUUUCCAGUCUUGUAUAUGGCACAUAACAACAACAAAUAUCUGACUUAAACAUAACUGUGUAUGCAUUAUAAAUUUUCAUUUUAUGAACCCUUAAAAUUUGUUAGUAUGUGGUCUAUUAAAACAUGCUAAAAAAUUACUCUUACUUGUAAGAGUAAUUAAACACAUCGUGGAGGAGAAAAACUGAAAUUAAAAGUACCA